GCGUUUGUCCUAGGGAGGCUAAUUACUGAUAAUGUGAUAGUGGCAUUUUGAGUGUUUCCACUCCAUGAAAGGAAGAACACAGGGCAGGAAAGGCUUCAUGUCUGCAAAACUGGACAUUUCUAAAGCUUAUGAUCGGGUAGAGUGGGAUUUUUUGGAGGCCAUCAUGAAGAAAAUGGGUUUCUGUGAGCGGUGGGUGACAAUGAUCAUGAAGUGUGUGACGACGGUUUCUUAUUCUAUCCUAGUAAAUGGACAUAAGACAGAAACCUUCUUCCCUACUCGAGGCUUACGUCAAGGAGACCCUAUAUCACCCUACCUUCUGCUUUUCAUAGUGGAGGGGUUGUUUGCUUUGCUCUCAAAAGCAGAAAGAGAGAGAAAAGUGGAAGGAAUCCAGGUGAAGCGAGGGACACCUCACAUUUCCCACCUUUUGUUUGCAGAUGACAGUGUCCUAUUUGCUAAAGCAACUCGACCAGCUUGUGAACAUAUUAGAGCUAUUCUCAAUACCUAUGAGCAGGAAUCUGGUCAAAAGGUAAACCUGGAUAAGUCUGAGAUUUCCUUUAGCCCUAAUGUGGGAGAAGAGAAGAAAUAGGAGUUGGCAGCCAUUCUCGGAAUGAAAGUGGUGCCAGUACACACUAAAUACCUUGGACUUCUCACAGUUAUUGGUCGAAGGAAGAAGGAAGUAUUCAGUUCCUUGGUUGACAGAGUUCGAAGGAAAGUUUAACUUUGGAAAGGUAAAUUUCUUUCCUUUGGGGGAAGGAAGUGCUAAUCAAAGCAAUAGCACAUGCCCAAAUGACCUAUGCCAUGCAGGUGUUUUUGGUUCCUAGCUCAGUAACACAAGAAAUUCAGAGAAUUGUUUCUAAUUUUUGGUGGGGGCAAAAAGACUCAGAACGUCGAACCCACUAGGUUAGCUGGCAGGAUCUCUGUAGAACUAAGAAGAAAGGAGGUCUGGGCUUUCGGAACUUGCAUGAAUUUAAUCUGGCUCUCCUUGGAAAGCAGAUUUGGAAUAUAAUACAGAAUCCAAACUCCCUAGUAGCUAGGGUCAUGAAGGCAAAAUACCACCCAUCAAGAGACAUUUUGGAAGCAGAGGUAAGUUAUAACCCUAGCUACAUUUGGAGAAGUGUUCUACCUGCAAAAGACUUUGUUAAGGAAGGAUUGAGAUGACGUAUAGGGAAUGGAAACAAAGUAGAUAUUUGGCAAAAUAAGUGGGUUCCCUCUGCUGCCAACUUUAAAGUGGUGUCCCCAAUAUCCCCCUUUGCUUCGAGUACCUCAGUUAAUGAGUUGCUAGAUGUGGACUCUAGAACUGGGAACCAUGCUCUACUUCAAGCCCACUUUCUCCCACAGGACAGAUAGCGGAUUUUGAAAAUUCCUAUACCUAAACAACCAGCGGAGGACAGGAGGAUCUGGAGCUAUGAACAGUCUGGACGAUACUCAGUAAAAUCGGCUUACCGACUGCUAAGGGACAAGCUGGAAGCCGAGGUUGGGGAGCUUUAUACUCCUAUUAACUGGGAACAGAUCUGGAAACUGCAAAUCCCACCUAAAGUGAAGGUGUUUGUGUGGCGAUGGAUUAGGAAUAUUUUACCAACUGGGGCAAACGUACUGGCAAGAACUACCAAAGGGUGUGAUGAAUGCCCUUUUUGUGGGCAGGCUGAAACCCAAAAUCACAUUUUCUACGAUUGUGGUUGGACUAGAAGGGUGUGGCGGCCUAGUUCUCUAAAUCUAAGCUUCGAAAAGGGAAAGGAACUAACCUGUGAAGAAUGGAUAGCUGACCUCCAGGAAAUGGAAUCCGAAGAGCAAAUUGGCCUCUUCCUAGUUGGUCUCUGGUUUAUCUGGGAAGAACGCAAUUGCCAAAUGUGGAAUAAGAAGGAACUUGAGGAAAAUGAAAUUUUGGGAAAAGCGGAGCGAUGGCUUACGAAGUACCUGGAAUUCCAAUUUGCAGCACCUGAUCAGGGUCCCAGGCAGACACCUCGAUGGAAACCGCCGGAGGGAGCCGAUUUUAAAAUCAACGUGGACGCCGCCGUUAUUGCUGAUUCUGGGACUGGUUUGGGGGUGGUGGUUAGGGACCGGAACGACUCUUUCUGCUUUGCGGGGGUGAGAAGGUCGAGAAUUCAAUGGACUCCGGAGUUGGCGGAUAUCCAAGCUAUUAAGUUUGGUCUCGAAGUGGCUAUUGAGAAGGGGUUUAUCUCAGGUGAGAUUGAAUCCGACUGCCUGAGGGAGGUGCAACAGAUAAAGAAGGAAGAAAUGUCGCUGACUGAGGAAGGAGAUGAGUGUGAAGAGGUGAAGGCCAGGCUGGACGAGUUGGGCGGAUCAGUAACAAUCCGGUUUGCGGGCCGGGAAGCAAACCAGGUGGCCCAUAUCAUGUGUAGAUGGGAUGAUUCUGAAUAUUGGGCUUCUAGGCCACCCAUUUUCCUUGUGGACCAACUAAUUCUGGGUUCCUGUAAUAUUUCCUCUUAAUGAAAUAAUAUAGGACUUUUCUAUAAAAAAAGUAUUAAAAUAAGCAACUACAAGCAUUUUAAUUUCUAGUUUUCAUUUGCAGGAUUCUCCAAUAUUGUACACUAUAACAUUUUUUCGUUUUCCUGAAACCGAAAACCGAGAUAACCGAAAGUCGGUCGUUGUUCGGAGGCAGAGCGAGAUGAUUUUGCUCUUGGGAGAAGGUUCGGUUAACCAAAAAUCGAGAUAAUCGAAGCCUUAAAUCCUCUUUCAGUCGGUAGAGUUGGGAGGUGGUUCGGUGAACCGGUAACCAAUCCUUCAGUUUUCAAUUAUAACCGAACCGACCGGCCCUCCACCCCUACUAUACCAUGUCAACUUUCUCGGAAAGUUUUAAUGGGUUCAUUUGAUAUCGAGAAAUUAAAUUCCUAUAUUCAAAUAUCAUUAACAACAUGACACAUCGAGCAUGUUUGUAUAAUUUUUUUUCUCUUAUACUUUUACUCUUUUAUCCCGACAUGUUAGUUACUCACGUGAUAUGGACCCUUACUCGGACUUAGGGUGGUAAACGGUUAGUCGGUUGUCAAUCCGCGGGUUGACUCGGACCCGAUUGAGCUAGUGGGUCAAGGGUUAAUGGGUCACCCGGUUUAGCCCGGAAAUAUGGAAAACGUCAUUAUAUUGUACUUAUCCUGAUAAAUUAUAACAAAUCUCAUCUAACAUAUGAGUUAUAACAUAUAAUAUUACACCAAAAUAACAUUUCGUACUUAGAUUCAAUAUAUAGUGAAAAUUCACACACACUUAUAUAACAUUAAUAUUCAAAUGUUCAACUUAGGAUUCCAAAGAUUGAGUUAGGCGAAAAGAAAAAUCGGAAAAUAGGCGCAUUUCGCAAAACAAAGAAAAAAAUGACACAAUUUGACCUCCAACCCAGUACCUUGUAGCGGUCGACCCGGCGGGUGCGUGCGGCCCGUUUUUUUCACCGGGUCAGGGUCAAAGUGGGUCAACCCGAGGGUCGACCCGCGGGUUGACAACCCUUAUAAGUUUUAAUCGAUAAGCACUAACUUUUUAUUGGUUCGGUUUCGGUUAGCAGUAUGUACUAUUUUGCAUAGUGGCUAACCGAUAAGAAAACCGAGAACCGCCUACUAGUAUAACUACAUAAUUUUGUACUUUUGGCUAAAGGGAAACAUUAUGAUUCAAAACCAAUCAAAAUCGCACUUCCAAACAUCUAAAUUCUUGCCUAUUGCAAACAACCUUCCACCAAGACUCUGAAAUGUGUUUGAGAGUUAAAACUCGAAAGUCUCCCCUCUCUAACUAUCUCUGUAGUCGUCACAGCAAACCUAAUACCCUAGUAAUCUUUGUUUCUUUGAUGUGUUGUGAAUGAUGAUGAUCUUGUGAUGCUUGUGUUUGAUGCCUUGGUACAUGGAACUCGUUAAUUGGAUGAAUAAGUUUGAUUGGUUUUUUUAUUUUAUGCAUUGGAAUUUCAAUUUAAACUACGCAAUCAUGAUGAAUAUUGUAUCUUAUUGAUAUUAUUUCUUAUAAUUAUAUUUUAUACUAACAAUUUAGAAAUGUAGCUAAAUUAUUUUGAAUUAUUUGCAUGAGCAUUCAUCUUAAUAUUUAGUACUCUGUACUGCUGGUCAUUGUUAUGCUUGUGGACUGAAAUUGAUGUUAAAUGACACUUGUUAAACUUAACUAAUGAUGAUUUUUGUAUUAUAAGUGGUCAUUGCUUCGGUUUAUUAUGUUUAGUGAACGAAAAUAAAAUCUAUUGGUUUUAUAUUGGUUAAAUUAAGUAUAAUCGUAGUUGUUGGAAUGUAUUUUAGUAGUUAUUGGUUAACCGUCAAAAUAGCCGCUAACCGAACUAAUAAAAUGUGGUUAAUCGAUAAAGCUUAUCUGUGUGU